AUGACUGUUGUACUGGAUACGCAGCUCAACCUCAAGAAAUACAAGCCCAUAAAGGUACCCGCGGAAUCAAAUGGGUUUACAUCACAUAACAGUCUUCUCAGCUCUACUCUGACAAACGAUUCCAAUAAAUAUGAGGGACUGGUAGAGGAAACUCAGGAGCUUCUGGAUGCUCGGAAGUCGCUUGUUCACGAUCUCAAGCUGAGUAGAGAUCAGGUCCAUGAUCUAAAGGUUUCUGUUGAACCUCGCUCCAAAUUUGAGCCAACUAUCCACGAGGAUAAAUCGUUUCAGAUCUGCAGGAAACGAGCAGAGAAAGUGAAAACUAUCAUCCAAAGCUACUACGACUUCAUCGACCUAUAUCAAAACACAGUGCAUUACGAUGACAAUGAUCACCAAAGUCCGCUAUACGAAGGGGUUGAGGGAGUGUUCAACCCUUUGCAAAUUAUACGAAAUCGACGUAUCAGAAAGAAAUACAACGAAAAGCUUACUACCUUUCCUCUAGGAGAUUACAAACCACCCUCAAGAGUGUUUAGUAAGUACAACAGACAGCACCUCAUCUGGCAGGUGAACCUGAACGAAUACUAUAACGACAUCACUUGGAGAGAGAAACACUGGCACGAGUUGAAGAAGCCAAACGGAGAGCUUUGGUUUCCCAAGCUAGACAGCGCGAAGCAGACCCCACAGAAAAACAGACGUUUGAAAAGCCUUCAUGAGCAACUGUUUGUUGGCUUCGAUGGCGAAUUCCACAAGGACGACGACGACAGUUCUGGUGAUGAUCGACGGCUCAGCUCGCUUGCCCGUGUGAACGGAAGCUCUGCGUCCCUUGCUCGAUUAGAACACUAUCGAUUAAACAGUUUAAAACGUACCCCCGGUCAUACCAGGUCCUUGAAGAGUGACGAGGAUUUUGAUACCCCCUCUUCGCGCAAUUCAAGUAUAGAUAGGCUGAGUUUUCUUUCUCAAGGUGGAAAAUCGAGUGAAUCUUUGUCCCCAGCGCAUCAGAUAGAUAGCGAAGAAACAGGAAACUGCGAUGAUCUUACGGAUCAAAAAAAGAUGGUUAAAGGCCUUCAAAGCAAGCUUGCUCUUGCAGAGUCGAGGAUUCGCAUUGCAGACUAUCAUCGCGAGGACAUAAUUGCCUCCAAAGGCAAUGAAAUCAAAAAGCAACUCGAGUUAUUCGAAUCUACUCAAACGCAAACUAGUCAGAUAUCACAAUCGCUGCAAACGACCAUUAACAAGGUUGAUGCUAUCUUGGACAGAUUCAAUCAGUUCAACAACGCCAAAUCUUACAAAAUUGAAGAAUUACUGGGUUACUGUGACAGAACGAACGGUGAAAUUAAUACAUCUAUCACUUUGAGGAUAAGAAAUAUCCAGGAGAAGAAAGAUCAGCUCUCAAACACCAACGAUGAAUGGCUGUUCCAGCUUGUGUACUCAUUUCUGGAGAACUUGAUUGUUUUAGCACUCUGGAUUGUCUGGAUUAUCGUCGAGUUUUGGAGACUCAUAAAGCGCAUCGUCUCAAUUUUGAUGAAACUUUUAAAAUUCAUAUUUCUAUAG